AGAAAUCGAGUAUUUUUGCGAAGGUCAAAAAAAGAAAAACUGAAGUGGAAAUGAACUCGGAGAAUGAUGAGCCUAGGGCUACAAGGGGACCAGGAAGACCUAAGGCUGCAGCCAAGGAACCAAAAAAGGCAAGCAGUAGUUCAUCUGCCUCUUCUGGAAAACGUAGACGUGGAAGACCUAGGAAAGUUGCCCAGCGUGACCUUGAAAAUUGCAGCACGAGAUGCAAGGAAUCGGGGGCAAAAUUACGAUCCCAGGCCACGAAUGCAGGCCUCCUAAAAGCGGAGACUGGCAAGGAACUGCAGCGGAGUGGCCGAGGAGCAGAUGGGGAGCUGCCAUCGACGUCCAAGCGUCAAUCCCAAGAUGGCGAAGGAAAACCUCCCAAGAGACGCCAUCCGGAGGACGGAGCUGCGUCGGAGACGGACGACAACGGGCGGACCGCGUUGCAUCGUGCGGCAAGGUGCGGAGACACGGAGAGGAUUAGAGCGUUGCUGGACGGAGCAAUGGACACGAGGGCGAGGGAUGUGUAUGGAGGGACGCCCCUCCACCUGGCCCUGUUGUAUGAGAAGGAGGCCGCGGCAGAGCUGCUGGUGAAUGCGGACUGCAUCACGGAUCUCGUGGAUAACUACAGUCGCACCCCUCUGCAUCACGCUGCCGGGAGUGGGUGCGUGAAUGUCAUCCGUAUGCUGCUCGCGGGGGGAGCAGACGGAAGUGCGAAAGACAGAGAUGGAUGGACGCCCCUCCAUGUUGCCUUGUCCUGGGGGAAGGAGGCCGCGGCGGAGGUACUGCUGGAGGCCGCCCCCGAAUGCGACGGGCCGGACCGUCGGGGCCGCACCCCCCUGCACUACGCUGCGAGAGCAGGUCUCCCGCGGAUUGUUCAAUCUUUGCUGUCGAGGGGUGCGCGUUUGAAGCUUAAAGAUAGAGAUGGACAUUGUCCCCUGUAUUUAGCCUUAACGGAACGAUACGACGGUGUGGCGAGAGUGCUCCUGGCGACCUACGCGUGGAGGGACAGCGAGAUACAUUGGGAGGAGAUGCGGCUCUCGAAGGAUGGCGAGGAGCGCGGCGUCCGACUUCUCUCCGAGUGCGAGGCCGAGAUGAGGGAGGCUCGGGUGGAGGGGUCCCGCCUCUCCCUCCGCGACCUCGCCCGCCGACCCCCCUCCCGCCUCGCCCGGUGCCUCUCCGACGAGGCGAUCCGGCGGCUCUCGGACCGGGACCUCCUGGCGCGGGACUUCCCGCUCUUCGGCGACCUCCUCCUCGUCCGGCUGGGGGAGGUCCGGGAGAGGAGGGCCCUGGAGGACCGCUUCCUGCGCUGCUUCCCCCUCCUUUGCCCGCCGCUGCCCCCCACCUGCACCGACGUCCUCCUCGCGUGCCUGGCGGACGACGACCUGAGGCACUUCGCCCGGGCCGCGGAGCUCUAGUCCCCGAGAUUCCGUUCGGGUGCCUCGCGAUGGGAAUGGGAAAAUAGAGAUCACAGGACUUUGCUCGAACUGAAUGAACCUAUUGUUUAUGAAUGUAGAAAGUGCCCGAGAUAGUUGACUGAACUUUAUCUGCUGUUGUUUCCGUGAACGAACUCGUUUGUCUUGUCAAGAAUUAUUCUGAGACACCUUUCAAAUGGCUUUGUCUAUCGUGUGCAAAAUGCUUUGUGUGUAUCAAUCACGUAAUAAAAGGAAUAUUCAAGCCAUUGAUAAAAUCUCUUUUAUUGUACCCUAUUGGCACGAAAGAAGUAGAGUGAGCCGAAAAUGUUGACCCUGCU